AUGGCCAUGCCAGUGUUUCCGUCUCUCGGUGAACUUAUGGAUAUGCAACUAACCAACCACAUUUUCCGCCGCCCAUUUUACUUUUCUGUCAGCACCCAAGAAUAUAUGACACCCUGCGCAAUCGCGGUAAAGGGUUACUAUCCGAGACGCCAGGAGGACUGUGAAAUCAAUGUGAGUCUCUUGUUUAUCACCUACGAACUCCUCUGACUCUUUAAUUAUGUGUGGGCGUCCUUAUGAAUAUGUCAAAACGUUAUCGUCCAUGCACACUGUCGUGUUUGCGACCAAUGCAAUCGGCUUUUGCCCUUGCAUACUAGUUGCCUGAAGCUAGAAGAAAUAUACUGUACCCAAAACUUAGCAAAACUGACGGAAACUUAACAGAAUGCCCAUGUUUUUAAGGCACAGUGCGGACACUAUCUCCUUUUGACCGGUCUUUUUAAUAUAUAAGGAAGGACGCUAAUAAAGCGCUUAUGUCGCCGAUGUUAGAGAAACUAUUGCAACAGUUUUUGGUAGAUGCGCUUAACAGGUAUAUUGGGAAACUUUUAAGCAUUUGACAGGUGCCUACAAACAGGUUCGUCGUGUUGAUUAUUUCAAGGCACUGCUCUGUCAUUUAAGAUUGCACGUAGAGAGAAGGUGGUAAGGAAAAGGGCAUACCAAGGGUUUAUGCUCCGAGUAUUUUUUGCACUUAAUCUAACAAAGCUCAAAGCAGAAUGGCAUCCUCCUAUCCUCGGAUUAGCAUUUUUCGACAAAAGUCUGAAGGUCUGGUUUUCUACCCGUUGAAUGUCUACUCUGCCUCCCUCAUUCACUGAGAGCUCAGCGGAACACCAGAACUUGUUCUGAGCACUCUAUUCGCACAAACAAACAGCUCAAUACCAAGGUAUAUUUUUGACAAAAACUUAAAGCUUACUUUCAACAAUCCUUAUAUGAAUUGUCCGUCGUCUUACAUUAGUCCUUCUCAUGUUUCACGUUAAACGCUUGUUCAGACGACGCCUGUUCGGCUUAUCGGAUUGUCAUGCAUCGUGGGUCCUACUUCAUGUUAUAAGCUGCUUGAACUUGCUAGUCACACUUAAGCGACUGGAUAUCGCCUGUGAGCGUUUGACGGACGUCUUGCCUUGACAGCUGGAAGCAUGACACUGGUUCUACCCUGUUUUUAAGCUGCCGGGAACGGCAGGAUGACAGUACAGACGGAUAGGUUCUGGCCUGUUCCUUCUUCUUCCAGCGUGUCCGCCAGCCUCUUCCAUCCCUGAAGAUCCUCCUGUGCUCCCUUUUCCUCUCCCCCCCCCUCACAAAGGUCAAUGAUCAUCUCUGCCUGCUUAAGCGGCUGGACAGGAACCACUACUGGGUGCACAACAAGCAAACUAAGCGCACGGGACGGGUGCCUGCUGACGUUCUAGACAUUAUUGUCCCCCUUCCUGACGCAGAACCGAUCGAAGAGACAGAAAACUCUCCUUCUCCAGUCACGGUGGUUCCGGACAUAAAUGUCAGUCCACGCAGCGAUGGCAGUCCUGUUGUGCAGCCCGCGGUACCGAAACCCUUACCAGCACGUUUGCUGCGGACGGAGAAACUGCAAGACCCUAAAUUGCCUUUGCCUUGCAUAGACGAACUGAGGAAGAGGCUGGUACGUCUUACUUCCCUUUUGCACUUUUGGCGAUAUCGUUAUUGCGCUUCACAUGGAUGACCUUUUUCCUUUUUUAGUCCACGAUGAACGAAAGGUGAGUUAUCUUCACGCUGAACUGGAUGAGCUGUUUGAUUACUUCAACAUUCGCUAUAACUGCGUGGUAAGGACAGCGUGUUCUUUCUGCUUAUUACCUGGUACUUGAUGCGCCUGUGAUCAUGCCUGAUCUUUUCGGCCUCGUUUAUGUCAAGUAUUGUACCUCUCCACGGGGGACGAUUUGCGUCAGCAAAGGAAACCGAGUACCGAAGGUCCAAGAACAACUUUCAUAACAACGGACUUUGUCGAGCGAAGUCUUGAUUUGGCCUCCUCUUCGACGUCUCCAGGUGGGCGACAGCGUCGGGUCGAGGCCAGUAGAACUGAGCUCGCGUGGCGGACGGCGAAUAACGCUCCCAUACCACCUCGGUCAUCUUCCUUGGAUGACCGAAGAUACCCUCGCGAUAUCGUCGCAGCGAAUGUAGGCUGCCCCAUUUGAGACUAAGUCAGUGUGCUUCACUCGAAGGCUAGUUCCCAGGCAGUGGUGGUCAAAUGCCUCCAGUCUUCGAUCAUCUUCUACGUGAAAGGCCCAGCAUUCGCAACCGUGGAGGAGCACCCGCCGGACGGAUACACGGUACACGCGGAUCUUCCUGGCGGUGGAGAUGUUGCGUCAGGUCCAUCGGCACUUUCUAAUGAGUAGCAAGACCAUGUGAGCAGCAUCGAUUCGGGAGACAAUGUCGUCCUUACUCAGUCCGUUUGGCAGCAGUCUCGUGCCGAGGUAUUUGAAACCGUCUACUUCUUCGAAUUGGAGGUCAUUAAUCCCGGGGGUGCCUUCCCCUGGUCAGGGAUGCAACUCGAAAGCAAUGUGGUCUUCCCAAUGUUUGUGAAUUAGCCGGCGGAUAUGACGUCUUUAUGCACGCGUGGUCCCGUAGACUGCAGAUCACCAGAGCACGAGACUAGAAAUGCGAUAUUGUCAGUGCAAUCUAGCUAAGUCAGCCGGCAUCCGCGUGCUAAUUCCACAUCGUCACAUUCAUGUUGGGCUUUUCUGAGAAUUCUGUCAAUGACGUCGUUCAACAAAAUGGGUGUCAGGAUGCCACCUUCUCGAACACCCUAUCGGAGGUCGGACAGGUGGGACAGAUCGCCAUGGAUGAGAACUCGCGCAAUGGUUAGCGAUAUAAGGCCUUGAUCAUGGCGAUGAUUUUGGACGACACGCCAUCUAGUUCCAUUAUUCACCACAUGGACUCACGACACGAAAUCGGACACAGCCAGAAAUCAACAAAGCAGACGAUCGUCAGCUGCUGGUAGCCAUGACGGAACUCUAGAAUACGUCUCAGUGUGAAUAUCUGGUCUGCGCAUCCACGCGCAGCCCGGAAUCCGGCUUGGUUGAUCAUCGUUCUAAAGUCGGGCACAGACGGCAAUCGUCUGAGAACAAAAGUAAAGACCUUCGCAGCGACAUCAAUGAGUCUUAUACCGCAGUAGUUUUCCCACUUUGUCUUAUCCCCUUUCUUGAAGACAGACACAAGGAUGCCCCAGCCCCAAUCACAAGGAAUUACCUCAUCUCCCCAUGCUUGCUCAAUCAUCUCAAGAACCGAGAGCACCCGGGCUUUGCUGCAAGAUUUAUAAUUUUGUCAGGAAUCCCGUCCUCUAUGGGCGUCUUCUGGUUGUGUAACCUCUGUAUCGCAUCUGGAACUUCCGUCUCAAAAAGGAGGGUCGUACAACACUGCAUAAACUAGAGCGGGAUAAAACUCCGCUGUAGAGGAGAUCGAGGGUGUGAUGGGUUGCUCAUCAAAGUAUGGAAGGUGCUCGAAAUGCCCAUGUCAGUGAUCGAAUUUGACCGAAUUUCCAGCAAUAGAGCCAUAUUUAAAUUGUGGAUGGAGUCAUUAAGUGUUGAAGACUCGCAACUAACUUGACAGAUAACUUGGUGUAGUUUGUGAAUGUCCCCAACGUUUGAGGCCUGAUUUAUGGAGGUCUUUGUUUCAUCCAAAUAUUUCUGCUGGUCAUGCCUAGCCGACUUUGCUGCCAUUUUCCGGACUUGGUGGGAUUAAGCUUCGUUGCGCGACCCGGCUCGAGCCAUCUGCACAGACAUCUGCGGGUUUGUUCCGCUAAUCCAGUCACUGCGUCGCCGCUGGGUGAAUCCAAGAAUUUUAUCGGCUACUCCAUUGACUGAGACUUCAGUAUUAACCACUGGCCACUACCUUUUCUGUCGGCUCGAGUCGUAAGACGGGACAGGGUUUCCGUUGACGGGGCCUUGUCAUUGCUGGGUUGUUAAUAUUUUGAGACAUCAAGGCGUCUUGCACUUGAUAUUUUUGGUGUAGAUGAGGAAUGGGCUUUCGGACGUUUGCGGACAAGGGCAUGGUCAGACCUAUGGACGUUUUCAGUUCCGACACCGUGCAUCAAUCUGCUACCGUGGACUCAGCUGCGGAAUAUGAAACCAACUAGAGUGUGGCCGAUUUGACUGGUUAUAUGGCCGUCGUUUGAAGAUCAGACUCGCCGAUCUUUGUAGCGGUCCUAGAACCACGUGUUAGUGUCAUCGUUGCGAACCGCAAUAACGGACUCACAGUCGACUGAAAAGCGCUUAUUCACCGCUUAAAAUCCUUUUCUCACUACCUCUUUUGAUGCUCCUCCGCUUCCACCAAUUACUCCUCAGCGAUUUUUUAUGACAUUCUGAUGUGCUUCUGGUGGUCGUUCCACCAGACUUCCAUAUUAUUACUUUGCCACCUUCUGUAUUUGCCGCAGUAUAAUUUCCUUGCUGCACGGUUCCCCAGCCUCCUUUGCAAAAUGGUUAGAACUCGCCGCCUCCUUUCGUCGGAUAUGGAUAACAGUAAACUUAUGUUGUAUUUGUAGUCGCGGAUACGAGGCCUGUGUAUGGGUUGGAGGGGUUUAUUACCGCUUACUAAUCUCCAUUCCAGUGUCUUUUUAUGUGGAUUGGGUGGGGGUUGAGCACCGGUCCUUUUUGGAAGUUGUGUCCGUCAGCAAUGAGGGUUUAUCAAAGGUGAGGAUUUUCGGUUACGAUGUCAAAUGCCAGAGGUCUUCACCGUUAGUUUAAUCGUUGCAAGCAGCAACGAUUUGCUGGUAAAUUGGCUUAUAAGGAAACAGGCUUGCGCCAUAUCUACCUCACGCCCUUAAUGCUCCAUUGGUAGGUUGAUUUAAGCCGGCUGGCGAUUGGGUUGGACACAGUGACUGGUGAAUCUGAAAGCAGAUCUGCGUGUACCACACGCCUUUGUCCAUAACCUCACACAAACGAAUCUUCUGAGUAGAAUGAAUUGCUCACUGGUGAGCAAUUCAUUCUCCUCAGAUUUCCGACCCGGAUCUCUUACUUUUGCUAACCUAAACGAAUCUUCAUUCAGAGGGUCUCCGAUCUCUCACAGAAGAUUUCCCAACAGGGCCACAUUUGAACCUGGUUAUUUUAAUCUUACCCUCGUUUCAAAGGGGACCGUCCUAUUCCGCCAGCUGGCAACCUUCUAAGACUUGAUUGUUGGCGCGUCGCAAAAGUACAGUUAACUGCUUAGAGAGAGAGAGAGGAGCCUCAUGGUGGGCCCACGUCUCGUUUUCGUCUCCUAUGCACCAGUGGCCUGCCUAACAUAUCAGCCGACUGGUAGGGACGUUAAUUACGUGAGUCCCUGCCUGACUCUUUCCGCGCAAUAACAUCCGCAGAUGUGGUAUACCACCCGUCAGCGUCGCAUGAUAAUCAAGAAAGCGAUGAACAAUUAUUUGUGGCUGCUGCCUUAAAGAUAAGACUGAAUGACCGAUCGCUGUGUCUAGAUGUCCGUCUACACUGCGGACAGGGCAAGCCGGUCAAGGCUCGUGUCACGGGUUCUCCAGUCGCGCUGCAUCAAAUUCGCAGGUUUUCGUCCGACUCGUUGUGUGGUGGGAAUGUGCAACUGCACCUGAGACAAGUUUACGCUGCACUUGUACGGAUAGUGCUUUCUCUCUGUCCUGAUAGUGUAUCUUUUACACCGAAUCCAAAGGUGUCCAACAAAAUCAGUCUUUUUCUCAGCUGCAAGUUGGGAGUGGGGACACGUCCUUAUCAAGUCGGUAAUCAUACGACCAGUCUGUUAAUGAUAAGACUCAGGCUUCCUUAAAGUUUCAGAGGUCCAAUUCGAUCAGGGUGAAACAACUUUUUGUUCGACUGAUUCUGCCUUAACGGUCUGGGUUUUGUAAAGACUUCUGUGAUAGUAACCCAAAUUCGUGCGUUUGUUUGGCCCUUCGGCUUCACGUUGACUGCAUUGUCGUUGAGUAGAUUGAUGCGGUUCUCUUCGGUUUCGUGAAUCACUGUGUCGUCCAUGUUGACUUAGAACUGCAGUUUUGGGGACGCCAAACAUUGUUCCAAGGCGACGUUUAAACGUUUUAUUCAGGUUAGGUUGAUAACGUUUAUACUGAUGGUGCUACAGUUUAGUCUAACAAAUAAAAUUAUAGGGCACCUUUUGUCUGCCAUUUUAUGCAACGACGUCUCUUGUUAAACUACUGUAAGGCCGUGCUGUGGUUGUCCAAACAAUUACAGUAAGCUUGAUUUCCAACGAUUUGGUUAUUUCUUUCAUCCCCGAUACACGGUUUUUUUCGUAUCUGGGGGUAUGGACUGUAGUUUCAGUAUAAUGUGAAGGGGGAACCCAUCGACAAAUAACCUGUGUUUAUAAAAUGAAAUGGUGCACUGCAUUUACUACUUUCUAAGCAAAAGCCUUUGCUUCUUUCGGAACCGUCCACGCUCCGGACGGUUGUUUUUGGUUGUAGCUUUUGGUCUAAACCAAGUGUGAUUGAACUAGCAGAUCGUCCUCUCCCGAACAAGUGCGGGUAAUUGUUAAGGACCCUUUCCACUACCCUGUCCGUCAUAGAGAUCAGGCAGAAAGGGCAGCAAUCUGACAUACUAUUUGGUUCUUCCAACCGUCAGUAACAUAUGAGUACCAACCCUCCCUCAGUAUUUGAGCCACGGUCGUGUGACACCACAUCACCUGCUCCUCACAUUCUCCAAUCCAUUUCACAUUGUAGUGGUAUUGAUCAACUGGAGGCAUCAUCUCCCACCGAGGGAGUGGACACUGAGUCAACCGAUGAGCCAUCUCCUGGAAACAACAGUUCGCACGUAAGUGCAGCUCCCUUGUCCAACACAUUUUUGUUUUCUUUCUGUCGCACUAUUUGGGUGCCCGAAAUGGAUUUGUUGCGAUCGUAGAUGUACUGUACGUUAUUUGGUGCUUUCCAUGUGGCAUGGUCGCUGACACGCGCAAACGAGCUGUUUUAGCUUUGUGAGCCACUUGCGCUCAAAUCCCCGUGGCAGAUGACGGACCAACACACUCAGUGUACCUGGUGCCCGGGGGCGGGCAGGGUGAGGUCGACUUUGGAGACUGUGUCCACAAGUCACUCGGGGCACACCCACUUCAAACAAUCUGACGCGUCAUUAAACUACCUCGGUGCGCUAAGAGCCGUGGCUUGGAAGGCUGCCAACUGACGGGAGAACUCGGUCCACUGCUCUCAGGAUGGAGAGUCAGACUGCAAUGGCUCCUUCCUAAUAUGGCCUCUUUGGCACUCCCACUUAGUUGAUAUCCAAGACGUCCUCAUUUCUUGCUGUGUGAAAACCUGAUCCAUUGUACUCGGCCCUAACGUGUUUUACACGCCCAAAGGAGCUCUUCGGCUCUCUCAACUACUGAGCCCGAUCCCGCCUCCGGUCUUCCUGACUGUGUUGACACCAGGCCAAGAGUGAGGGUUGAGAGAGGACGCGAUAGGUGCAGUGAAAGUCUGCUAUCACUACACACUAAUUAGCGCGCAAGUCACCGUCGCUGCGCCCACCUCAUUGUGAGGCACACGAUGGACGUCGUCGACGGCGACGUUUUUCCCGUAUGAUUUUUGGGCUAAUUGACGCAACUCUAAUGUGCAAACAAGUUUGUUUGUCUACUCUUGCCCCUUGAAGCUGUCAUCCCAGUUGAGUCUGUUUUAGUAUACCUCAACUUGUGGAAUCACUACAGCCCUGAUCAUAAUCUUCGGUUGAGUACUUUCCAAGCCACGAUUUAGAUCAUGAUAGUUUGAAAGUUCGUUUUGUCGCUCAUAAUAAGAAAGUUAGCAUUUGGUAACUGCUGCGCCUACUGUAGACGUAAUUGGCCAAGGGACUGAUUUUGACGAAGUCCGGGUAGGCAUUCACUUCGAUUGGCAAAAAGAGACCAAAAAGCCUGCGCCCUUUUGCACGGACUGUUGUAACUAUGGUGGAUGGGCUAUCUCAUAAAAUGUUAACUGAAAUUCUGAAAAGGUUUCGACCACCUGCAUAAACUACAUUCCGCAAAAAAAUGAUUACUGGAGUAGCAUGAUUUAUUCCCAUUGAUUUUCAACGCCGUCAUAAAUUCAAAUAGAAAACAUGCAUAAAAAUACUUGUUCAUUUACUCACUUGAUAGCGAAAUGCGUCUUCUUCAAAUUUUAUACACUUCCUCAAUUUCCGACUAAUUUCGAAUCCGACCCACCGUUACACUUGCAUUCAUGGUUUCUGAACUAUAACCUGUAUGCUUUUCGUGCCAGGAAGAUCAUGUAUUUCUUUGUGCUAUUAUGAAGAGGACGCAGAGGACUCACAAAAUUUUGUAAUGGAUGUCUGCCAUGUCCAUUUUAUAAGCAGCAUUAAUAGAUGUCCUGAUGCGACUCUGUACAGUUACACACCUCAUGGUUCUGAAAAAUCCCAUAUCCGGAAACUUCUUGGAAGCCGAGAGCUACUUUUUCUUAGGUAUGGAAUUUUUAAAAAAACUUAUUUUGCUACCAAGUGGGAGAAAGAAUAUUUUUGGGCAUGUUUUUUAUAAAAUACAUUUGAAUUUAUAAGGACACCGAAAAUCAAUGGAAAAACCCCGUACUAACUAAUCAAUCGGUUUAUGCGGAAUGUAGUUUACGCGGGCGCUCGGGAAGGAGCUCGGUCGAAAGCCGGUAUCCUCACAUGACUGGAAUACCAUGGUAUUAUGCGGUAGGAUAAGUAGCAUGACAACCCUACAUGUGUAAUCUUUCCGAAUCGGGAACACAUUGCGAAAUUUCGGUUAACAUUUCAUGAGAUCACACACCGCCUGCACCUUUCGUUUUGUGGAUGUGUCAUCAAAAUUCUUCAAAAACAGCGAAGAGGUAAGGUUAUUGCGAAUGUGUUUGCCCUGAUUAAUAGACCUUUCUACAGAUUAUUGCACUUUUUGGUGUCGCGGCCCGUUUUAGUUUGACCACCGGUCGUUAACUGCAGUGCAAUUUUUUCUAAAUGCUAGGCCGUUUAGCUCAUAGAAGCUGGUUCAGGACAUAAAACGCUCAUAUUUUAUAAGUCGUUUAUUAGCUAAUUUGUCUUCAUAAAUUACCCAUUUGGGGACAAUUCUACCGUUUGGUUGUUUCGAACCCCAGCGCUCUUUUUCUGAGCCAUUUUACGUUUUUUUCUCCCAUCGUGUUUGUGUGUACUGUAGAACAGACCAUUAACUCGUUUCAUGUUACUUUUUCGCAGUCCCUGCCAGUUCCUGCGAAUGGGUAGGUAUCGACACUUGCCUCUGUUGGCGUUUUAUGCGAGAACACUUUUUCUAUUUUUUAAUCCACCCACACCCUUACUGCAGAACACGGAAAAAACACUCAGUCGAGUUGCACUCAUGGUUUUAACGACAAUUACCUUUCCAACGCUGAUUAGGAGUAGGACGAAAGCAGACUACAGCUUUAGCAACAAAAGCGAAAACAGUGGAAUGGCAUUAUCGGCAGGUGCUGCCUCUACUGGGGAAUGCAUACCUAAGGUCCUGACGCAAAGCAGUUGAUCAUUGAGCAACGCAUUCACCAUUGCACCAGAGCGCUCCUGUGCUUUCGGCGGGCAUCGGAAAUAUGCAGUAUUCACAUGAUUGCGGAGUGCAGCGGUCUACUCAAAUCGCAGGGUAGACAUGAGCAUUCACGCUUUGCCGUCGAGUAGUGUGGGCCAACAGCCCACGUUACUCGAUGGACAACUGACUACCGGGCUUCGAAUCCCGGUUGUGCAGUCCGGUGUUGGGACACCCGUGUGGCUGAUGACAGCAAAUAGGCCAGAAAUGGCCUUCAUUCCCAUGUCAUUAGAUACCUCAAUUAAUGCUUGCUAGUCGAUAUGUCACCUCCGGCGUUGAAUGUCGACACGCUGGUGUGGAUGGAAAGCGCAGAUAGUCAUUUCUGUCCCGCAAUGCGGAUUCAUCAGUGCACGUCUUACUCAGAUGCAAAAUGAUUGUUCAGCUUGCAAAAACUAACGCCCUGGUGCUCGGCCCGAAUGAUUUCCUCCAGAAUCAGCGUAAUUGUUGUUAUUACUUUUAAAAGGACGUAUAUUUUUAAACAAGAACACAAAGUAAACUUUCCCCUGAAACACAAGCUUUCGGGUCCAUCUGACCACUCAUCGCCUGGGUUAUCACCCGUAAGUAGUGUUUGCCGGCGUGUGUCAAUUUUCUCUGUGCUUACCCCGCUGGCUUUCAAUUCUUACAUGAAUACCAAAUUACGCCAGGAAUUUCAAACUAACGUCUAGGGAAGUCAGUAUGCUGUUUGCAUUGUCCUCUUGUGGAAUUUCAUAGUUCUGGAUGAAAACGGUCAGUUUUCCCUCUCUUAGUUUGUUUUUUGUUAGAUUUGCGGCUGCGAAACUUGCUUUCAUUUACUUUUGCAAACAAAUUUUUUUACUGUUCCUAUACUGAAUUAUAUUAAAACUUGACCACUUUUAGACCACCUGCAUCGCCAAAACCCGCACUACCGCCGAAAACGCGGAGGGAAUCCUGGGUACGUUAACCCUUUCGUACUCAGUACAUGUUUUAUUAACUCUUCGAAACCCAACCUUCUAUAUCUCCCGUUUUAUAUCUUCGAAUUCUGAAGUAGUAGUUUCACUGAAUAUCAUUUAGGCCUUUUGGUUUUGCCUCUUUAGUGAAUUGUAAACCUGUGCUCUUCUGAUUCCUAAACAGAGCCACAUCAGUAUAAAAAUUUGUAAGAUGUGGUUUGGUAGCCCCACCUGAUGGACACGAUACUGUUGGGGUUAGGGGUUAGGAUUUAGGAUUAGAGGUUAUAGUUAGGGGUUAGCGUAACUAUUUCUUAACCAUUCAAAUUACAACCGCGCAUUCCCAAUAGCUUUUCUUUUGCAUACAACUACUUGGCCUAGUCGCCUGUGCGUUCCCCGGCCUCACCUGUAAAAACCCCUAUUACCACCGAUCCCGUAUUAGAGGUGACUGGGGUUUGUUUACUUCAGUUGGGGCCACAUAACCACAUCUGGCCGAAAAAAUUGCUUCAGCUUAUAUCGAGCGGAAUACUGAAUGCAAGGUGUUCAGCAUACCCAUACGUCGAAUUCUACAGGGAUCACUAUCUCUCUGCAUUCUGUGCUCCUAUUUAUUGCCGCAAUUGUUAAUUAAAGAAUAUACACGAGCAGUUAAUAAUAAAGACUGUUCCACGCACUAUUGUUUGUUUACUGACGCAUCAGAAAUAAUCUUACAGACGCCGGUCUACCCACGAAUAGAAUGACCUCCCAGGUUCCACGUAUUGUAUCAUUAAAAUCACCAAAUGAACGUCUAACCUAUUGGCGACAGAAACAGGAGUUUUCACUGGGUAAGGUUGCUUCUUUAAUGGUCAUAUCGACCGUGCAUUGUCGGAGGAUAAUUUUUUCACUCAGUGUCCUCUCGAUGUGGUGCAUAAAGCAUAAGUGCCGUCAGUUUCUUGUGUCCUACUUAGAUUCGCUUGAUAACCGCCUCUGUGGUACCGGCCACGUUUGGUUGUCGUUUUUAUACCCCUUCUUAGCAGGGCAAUGGUCGCAGCCUAAGCGCCUUGCUCUGUACCUGACUUUUUGUUCCCCAAACCUCUUGUUGCAUGCUGGAUCAAUGCUUGGCGGUGCAGUACGAUGGUUGCCUCAAAGCGGCCAUGUGGCAACCGCCGUUCUGAAAUUUAUUUUGCCACCUGACGUCGCCUUUUCCAUGAUAUCAGUCUAUUUAAGACCGAACUCCAUCUCAACUUAGGCUGGGAUUGUCUUAGUCUGGUUGAGCUGAACCUGCGUAAGCUCUUGUUUACUGACACUCAUAAGACGGGUGUUUCACGCCAUUCCUGUCGGCGCACCCAGCCUCAUCGAAAGUCGGACAAAAUGCUCAGAUGGACCACUGGUUCGGAGGAAAGAGAAAAAAUUAAGGCCGAUACUGAGGCACUCUUCUUCAGCACAGUUCAACGCAUGCCUCAGUGCAAUACAUCAGGUGCACUUCAAACUGUUAAGGCGCGUUGGCAGUUGUGGCUUGGCUAGUUGCCAACUAACAGCAUAACUCAGUCCUCAUCAGAGCCAAGGGUCCUGCUGCAGUGUUGCUUUCUUUGUGGCACCCCAUUAUAGUAUCGGUUAAGUGGGUUUGAGACCGUCCUCCAUUCUUGUCUUAGUGAUGGAUAUUUGAGAGCGUGCUUGUGUGUAGUACGCCCAGCGGCGACAUUGGACGUUGUCAGCCAUGAUCAUUUCAGGUAACCUUGACCUUUUCUUGCCAUCAGAACACGCCGAUCGUAAGAACAGUGAAGUAAAGUGGAUGCGGUCUUUUUCACUCGCAAGACAUCCGAAAUACCGCGUGGUGACCUCGUUGUUUACUAGCGCAUACAGUUUUGCCUCUAGCCUGUCGAUGUUUACCCUUCACUGCUUCGAAAUGACGUCCUUCGGACUUUUUUGACUGCGCUUCCAUAUGCGGUCGUUUUGUGAUAGACGAGUGCCUUCUGUUUGUAGUACCGUAGUAGUAGUAGUAGUAGUAGUAGUAGUAGUAGUAGAAGAAGAAGAAGAAGAAGAAGAAGUAUCGGUCUGCAAAAGUUUGGUCUUUGUCUUAAGGAGAGAACUUCCUUAACAACCGCUGCCUCUUGUGUCUUUUCCAUGUUAAUUUAUGAGUAGCAGUUUCUCACUGAAGUAUUCCACAGUGUUACCUGUCUGGUCUUCAAACCAGGACUUGGGAAUUUCGACUAUUUAAACACCUAGUGAAAAGCGGAGCCAUGGAAUCGUUGAAGAUGUUUGCUCUAGAUGGGACACGACUGAAAACGCAUCUGGUCUGUCGGAGCGCACUUUCAAUUUGGAGAUUGACGUUUCAAAUGCGAGGGUUGGCAAACCGGGGAAAGCGUGUGUGACGCAAUGGGGCUCAUCAAAAAGGGCUUUAGUUUAAUAACGGGCUAAAUACAUCUGAUCGUCAAAAUCAUCCCACUCUCGUAUAACCACAAUUGGUUAUUGCUAAAGAAGAAGGCUGAUCGGGUUUUGUCUGUGGGAGAGCGCUGGCAUUGUUGACAGCUGCCUCAAUAAGGGAAGGCCGUGAAUUCCUGGUAGGCAAUGUACUCAGUUGAGGCAUGCAUCAAUAGCCAUGAGAGAUAUUUAAGGACAAAUGGAGGCGGACGCAGCAAAUACCUACGGAAUUACGAGAUACAAUUGACGCGUAUUUACGUAGGCUUAGACCAACCGCAGAAUCCUUUGUUAGCCGCGGUUAAAUACUUAACAGUUUUGUUCAUGACACAUAAUCCUGAAGACGGACUAGGGAUACGGUCUGGAAAAUUUGCGCAAUGGAGUUUUUUCGUUCUCAAACAAUUUUACCUCUUUCUUACGAAAUCUCCCGGGAUACCUGUUUUUCAAUAACUUAUAGUUCACUACAAGAUCGUCCUUAAUCUCGGAUUGUUUACCACUCAUGUCGACGUGGCCUUUUCUCAUUACUAUCCAUAUUCGUAAUCAAAUACCUGUUGCAAAUGCCUUCUUCACCAGAGACUAUUUUGCUUUGUGAACAAACAUGUCCGUGCCAUUUAGUCAGAUGCGCUCAAUCCACCCGAACCGCUGUCUCUCGGCAUCUAGCGUCCGAGUUUCUUAGGCAGGAUUUGUCGUUUUCUGGCGAAUAUUAUCUAAUUUUGUAGCUUCCAUUGGACAAGACUUACGCAAGCCGUUAGUAGGUUUCGGACAAAAAAAUACCAUCUAUACAAGCUUAGAUUCUGAAUUAAAUCGCCAAAAUAUCAUGCAAUUUUUUUAGACAGCGUCUUUCGCUUGAACAAAGGCCUGUGUCUGUAGUUUGUUACCUAGAAGCCAGUUAUCUCAGCCGCUGUACCUGGGCGUUUUCCUAGGCCUCUCCUGAAUUUGCGUCUGUAUGAUUUAAUUCGGGUUUUAACUAUAAGGGUUUUCCAGCGAGAACACGGUGACGCCAGUGGCCGCCUCCGGCCUAUAUGGCGUCUUCGGCCAGCUGCCCUCCACUUUCUGGCCGAAAUCCCAUAUAUAGUAGAUGUCGACCGAAAUUCUUAAAUGUAUUUUCGAUUCGAAAAGACUACUUAAGUAGGUUUGUAGCAGGGAUUAUCGUGCCGGGUAAUCCUAAUAUAUUUUGCUCACACCAGGAUUCCUGCUUUUGAACGAGCUUCAUUUCGGUCGUCUGCAAAAUCUGCUUUCUGUAGAAAGUGGCUACUUGACAGUACAGUACUUUUCCGUUGAUUUUCGAUGCCGUCAUAAGCUCAAUUAUAUUUUGUAGAAAACGCACACAAAAAUACUCUCUCCUACCCACUUGAUUGCAGAUUACGUCUUCUUUGAGUUCUAUGCUCAAAGGAGAGGUAUAUUUCGGUUUUAAAAAAGUUUCUAAUUAUGAGCUUUGGAAGACCGUGAAAUGUCCAACCAUACAGCAUAACAUCAGCAGGGUUGUGAAUGUUACUCAUAAAGUAUACAACCUGGUUCACGUCCACUUUACAAUUUUAUGAGUCCAAUAUAUCAUCUUCCAAACGAUGUACAGAAGUGUGUGACAUUCCUUUGAUAGAUGCAAUGCAUCAUGUAGUUUGGAAGCCCUGAAUAAAAGUGUAAUGACAGGUCGGGUUUAAAAUCAUCCGGAAAUUGAAGAGGUUUUUCAAAACCGGAAGAUACCCACUCAUCGUGUUGCAGAUUUGAAGAAAACGUAAUCUGCCACCAAAUGGUUGCGAGAGAAAAUAUUUUUUUGCGUUUUCUACAAAAUGUAGUUGAAUUUGUGAGGGCACCGAAAAUGAACGAGAAAAAUUCAUGCUAUUUCAGUAGCCAUUUUCUCAAAGUGCAGUUUUUUAGGCCGCCGAAAAGAAGCUCAUUCAAGGACCGGCAUCCGAUACCAAGAAUCAGCCCUCGAUUGAGUAGUCCAGCUUGCAUACUAUUCGCCCGCACCACAUGACCAGGGUUGGGGAGCGCGUUGUUUCCCGCGGACGCCUUAGCAUGGACCGUAAUACUUUAGUCAUACAGAUUUCAUGUGGUUUCUGGGUGAUUUCGGAUACGGGUUGGUCGCCAGCAGCCGUCCGGAUUGUUUGUUCGAGGUUGCCUCCUCUAGCGCUUUGGCUUAAAAGCCUAACCACAGGGCAGCGAUGGCAGUAAGAUGUGGUUAUGUAGCCCCACCUGAUGGACACAAUACUGUUGGGGUUUGAUUUAGGGUUAGGGGCUAUGGUGAAGGAUUAGGGGCUGGGGGUUAGAGUUAGGGGUUAUGGUAAGGGUUAGGGCAAUUAUUUUUCAAUCAAGGAAAGUACAACCGCGCAUUCCCAAUAGCUUUUUUUGCAUUGAACUGCUUAACAUCGUCGCCUGUGCGUUCCUCGGCCCCACGCGUAAAAACCCAUAUCACCACCAGUCCUCUAUUACAGGUGGCUGGGUUUGUUUACUUCAGGUGAGUCUACAUCGCCACAUCUGACCCCGAUUACAAACAGACUUAUUUAAUGACGGUUUACGGUCGCCCUGUCACAAUGCCGUCAUUUGGCUUUGCGGCUUUUUAUAAGGCUUUCAGCGUGCCAGACCUCAGUCCUCCGCACCCUGGUGGCACUGUCGCUGAUGGUCCGCGACUGCUCGUUCGUCAGACCUGAGUCUGAUUAUUUCGAAAUUAACCUUCACUGAAGACCGUUCCACUAUCCGCCACCUGUGAACGCUCCGGGUAGCCAGCAGCAACCCCUUUUGCCUACUGAUUGAUGGCUGUAAUUAAACCCUCUGCGGUCAUGUUAGUCUCCUUGUUUCUGUCCCGGCAAUACUUCCGAUUGCCCAUUAUUCAUCACUUUCACCGUUCUUGCAAGGGAACGUUACCAUAUCUUUGAGAAAGAAGUUGACUUUGUCGGUUGGCAGUGCAACAGCCAUGGCUACCAUGUUUCACCCAUCCAGUUAUUCUUCCUUUCCUGUGACUACGUCGCAGAUGUUCGCAUCAGCCCUGACCCUGUCUUCCAAUUUCCUAAAUGUUCACACUUCCCGUACGUACGUUUGCAGAAUUCUGCGAUAUCUUCCACCGCUGCCAACAAGGACCAAUUUCGGCAACCGGAGAACCUGCGGCCCUGCCGUAAUUCGACCCUUCUCCCACCUAGUGUGCGUAAUCAAUCCUUUGUCUGCAUUAGGCAGACUUUGUCAUCAAGUUAACAUUGCUUUGUCAUUUUGGAUUUUGAAGAAACUGUCAAGCAGAGGUCAAUAGGUUGGUACUAUCUCUGUUUUUGUCUCGCGCUGCAACAUCCUGUGAUGGUUCAAUUUGCCCUAACCAUUCAGUCACACGCCUUUUCUCCAUGUGUAUUCCUGUAUACGGACACAGGGAGCCAAACCUGGUAGUGGUGGUGGAACCUAAAACGUACCGUAGCGCACAAAGGUCUAUGUGCUAUCUCAAGAAAUGUUAACCGCGAUUGUGAAACACGUUUUCGAUUCGAAAAGAUUACUAAGAUAGGGUUGUAAUAUUUAUUAUCAUGCUGCAUAAUCCUAAGAUGUCGGCCUUUUAAUGAGCAUCUUUUUUGGCCACCUCCAAGAACUGCACUCUGCAAAAAUGACUACUUAAGUGGUAAGAAUGUUCCUCUUUAAUUUCCAAUGCCUUUGUAAACUAAUUUGUAUUGUUUACAAAACCUAUACAAAAAUAUUCCUUAUUGCACUCAUUUGGUAGCAGAUUGCGUCUUCUCCAAGGUUCUUAUUUGAAGAAAUAGUAUUUUUGGUUUUACAAGAAAUUUCUUAUCAUGGAAUCCUUUAAGACCAUGAAAUUUCCAUUCAUACAGCAUCGCAUCGGCAUGUUUAUUAGUGCCACUUAUAAAGUAUACAAUCUGACUCACGUCCACUGCACAAUUUUGUGAGUCCAAUAUGCCAUCUUCCAAACGGUAUAGGAAAAUGUUUGAUAUUCCUUUGAUGGAAUGCAAUAUAUCAUCUAGUUUGGAAACGCCGAAUGCAGGCGUAGCGGCAUGUGGGGCAAAAAGUAUUCGGGAAUUGAAACGUCUUUAAGAACCGAACGAUGUUUUGUCUUUAGCAGCAGGUUUGGUGAAGACGCAACUUGCUACCAAGCGAACACAAGAGAGGAUAUUUUGUGCAUGUUUUCUGUAUAAUAUAUUUGAGUUUCUAAAAGCGUCGAGAAUCAGAAAAAAAUCAUGCCACUUUAGUAGUCGUUUUUUGCAGUGUGAUUUCUAUAGGCGGCCGAAAAGAAGCUCAUUCGAAAGCUGGCGUCCUGGCGUGAGUGAAAUAUUUUAGGAUUGUGUUGCACGAUAAUUGAUAUUACAACGCUACUUUAGUAAUCUUUUCGAAUCAAAAAACAUAUUUUAGAAUUUCGAUUAACAUUUCAUGAGAUGGCAUAUCUACUGCAUGUUUAAUGAACCACUUUAUCCCAAGUCACCUCCAGUUUGCAUUACUUUGGUUUGCAAUUCUAACCACGGAUGUCAUCAGCUCAGUUCUGAAUUUCUUCUGGUCUAAUCCUCUUCAGGUCUCUUUAGAAUUUUGCCACGCAGCAGCGAUCAUACCUUGGCCCACUCUCCUUUAUGGAGGCAGUUUGGUUCUUGGGUACAGAACUAAUUUAGGAUGGUUUCCCCUUUAUGUAAGACGCUGUAUAUCGACUGUUCCUGCGCGGCAGCACGAUACUAGCCACUGCGCUGUAUAUGUACUAUACAGUAGGCGACCUAUCACAUAAAAUCUGAUGCCAGAAACUGAUGUGGUAUUUUUGUCCCUCAUAAACGUUUCACAUUCAGUCUCUUCAAAGAAAUGUCCUUUUCUUGUGCAGAGAAUGUGUUAAAGUAAUAUUGUCAAGCAAAGUAUUCAUAAAUUUGGGCGAAAAUGGACGUUGCAAUAUAUAUAUAUAGGCAAUCUCCUAUGCUAAUACCUGUCCUAGACACCUUUCAUGCGUUAGGUAACACAGUGUACAUCGACGUUCCCUGUGCGAAAACAUCAUAAUGGCAGUGUUAGUUCAGUCACUACGCUCAGUCUCACCUCCGGGCGGCACGACCGGAAGUUUUCUCACCGAAGCACAGUGGCAGCAAUGGCUCUGCUCAGACCCUCCUUACCAUAAUCCCUUUCACGCGUUCGUCACUACUGCCCAGCCAGUAGCAUUCCUUUAUCAAGGAUUUCGGGCAAACAGCAUGAUAUGCGAAGAUCGCAUUUGAGAAUACUGAGCAGGGAUUAUCAGUAAAUUCGUGGCUUCAUAUAAUUGGUGUUUAGAAACAUUGCUAUUGGGUUGUUGUUUUUGACGGUAUGAUCGUCCAAUUUUUUGCUGACUAGCACAGUAGCGAGUGAACCGACCAAGCACGGCGGUAUUCAUCGACUCCUACCUCCCAUUUCCAGUCAACUGCACUUCAAUACGUUGCUGGAGUUAGAAUAAAUUUCGAGAGGUGACAGGUCUGAGGCUCCCUGUCUUCAUUAUAAUCUCCCUUGUGCGUACAUCCGAUCUGUCCCUCACAAGAUUGUUGUUCGAGAUUAGCUGACAAAGUACUGUGUUGUUCUUGUGACUCUCUGGACAGACUGUCUUUCUGAUGAACCAAGAACCAAUUGAAAAUCAUCUGUUUCGUUGCCGUUUGCUCCACUCCUAAAUGCAAUUUAUUUUUUUUUAUUUUGUCCUCUAGCCACUUACACCUUCGCGAGAGGUAGCCUGGGUCAUUGUUGAAGAUUUUGGGACUUCUCAGAAUACCGAAAGUAGACUAUCAGUCAGGGUAAUUGGUCCCACCCUCCUUACGAACUCCCACUUUUCCUAUCUGGCCUAGAGACUGAUUGCUGCCCUUUCGUUGGCGUAGGACGGCGAAGUACUUCGGUGGAUCAAUUUUGAAGAGGAUAUACUGAACGGUGACACCGAACUGAGCAAUGACGCUUUCCUCGAAUGUGAAAAGUGGACUGGCGAAGCUGUGGUUUUGCCUUCUGAGUGUGUCCGAGUUCUUCGCGACAGACGCGAAUUGGCCGUUUACUUGAGCAAGCGCCCUCGGGCUGAAGUGAUAACUGAAUAUAUUACGGCAUCGCCAGAAGGCCUGUAUCUUAGGGUAUGCUUCUUUUGAACGUUUCGUUUCGACAUUUUGGGUGAUUUCGUCUUUCAUUUCAAAAGUAUUUCCUGCAUUUUCAAACUUACAAUUUCAUUCUGAUUCAAUUUCGAUGUUAGCCUGCAGAACUAGCAACCCCGUCAAGCUUAAGCAUAUUUAGCUCUAAUCUUUUUGUUUUGUACAGAAUUCUAUAAUUGUCACUGCACUGCCUAACUGGGUUUGACAGACUCAUGUGGUCGCCUUGGCAGGACGUGAGAAUAGUAACGUCCCACCCUAGUUAUAAAGGUGAACCUGCGCAUAAAUUUCCUUGAUGCAUUCGUUCUGGGAUUGUCAACUUCAUGAUUACUAUAACUUUCUCCGAAUGCUGCAUCGUUCCGUUCAAGUAAGACUUAUUAUUUUAAAAUUAGUUCCGACCGGUCACGUCUGGCAAUGGCUCUUUGCCUGUUAGCGAUCCGGUAUUUUCAUUUAACGCUUUUUCAUUUAUUGUGCCGUUUUUCCUGACGCGUCGUCUAGUCGAUAUAUCCCGCGCAUCUGGUGUCCACAAAUCUUCCCACAUUAUGCUCGGUUCCGGCGUAGUUGGUACGGUCAACAUCCGAUCGUUUCUGUUCACGACAUUGCUGUGCUCGUCUUUUAGAGAUGAGAUAAUGCAUAAAUCCAUUUUUCUCGAACAGCUAUCUGUCACUGAGUUCGCCCGAAGUAGGUGGUUUGAUUAUUUCGGUAUGGUGAAGGAGCCCGUGUUUUUUGUGUACUAUAGUGCAGAUGAUGACCCCAAAACGGGCUACGCGGUUGAUGCGCUGGACCAACAUGGAUACCAUAUUGGAUUCUGGCAGGCGGUAUCUGGAAUGCACACCAGGAUGCGGUGGCAGUCCCAGUUGUCGACUCACGUCGCGCCGACUGGGCUCCCUGUUGUCCCCCAAUUGUUGUUGUUAGUUAAAAUUCUGGUCAAGUGUUUGUUGUGGACCAAGCGGUGUUGUAGUAAGCCUUUGUGUGGGUCCAGCCGUGCCAGUCACUUGCGCCAUCUCCUGCAUUCGGUCUUCUUGGCUAUGUCUUGACACCGAGCCCAGGUGGGGGAGGAGGAGAGAGUCCGGUUGGUACUGCGCAAGUCUAUCACUUUAAAUUAAUUCACGCACAAGUCACCGUGCCUGCUCUCAACCUACUGAGAGCACGCAGUGGACAUCGUCGGUCAUGACGGUCGAACUGUCGUGUAUUGCUGAUGAUGCGCUCAAAGACGUUAGUGGAAGAUCGGUUCUCCUUGCCGCUCAUCACGCAAAGUUUUACGCCAAAAUGAUUUAUAAAUUUGAAGGGGACGUACAAUGCGGCCCAACUUUGCGUAUUACUUUUAAUUGCCUGCGGAUUCUUACAAAGGUAUCGUUGUUUGGUUUGGGUACACUGAUUGCCUUUUUGCAAGAUAACAUACAUUUUCACUUAAAUAUCACAUUCGGCUUAUUUUUCGGUUGGCAUACACUCUAAUCUGGUAUACUUUGACUUUGCUGGCGACCUUAGCGGUUUACCUGUGUUCCGCUGUUCUGCAUCAUUAUGUCGUGCCGUUGACUCGACGUUCCCACUUUACCCUUAUGCGGUUCGCCAACGGCAUUUGUCCUUGAGUUUCUACUGGCCAUUUCGCUGCCUUAAUCUUUGAACAUAGCGUCUUAUUGUGCAGGCGCUAUAUUUUGCUUCAUUAGGUUUUUGGUGUUAAAUUUCUCUAUUAUUCAAUUUUCCGGGUCGCUUUCAUGGUUAUGCACGGGCCUAUUUAAACCUAUUCACUGAAUUAGACCAUUUUUAUAAAACUGUAUCCUUUUUCACCGCUCUCUUUCUCAUCCAUUAGCCCCACCCAUUUAACGCCCACCUCCGCCGGUCUCGUUAGGCAUGAUGACCUACCCUCUUCGUUCUGGAUGGGGUCGCAUAUUGCAUCGUUGCCGUAAAUCUUAAGUGCAAACUUUCGAAAGGAAUUAUUUUGUAUUAGGAACUGCAAGUGCCAUUGCAUGCGCACUGUCAAAAUAAUUAGCUUCCUUAGACGCUACUGGUGAUUAUAAUUGCCUGUCAUAGGCCCCUUUUAUCUUCAAACCAUAAUUCAACGACGCAUGGAUUAGUGUGGCAUCAGGUUUCAUGAGUAGUGUCAUUUGGCUCAGUCUACAUUGUGCCCGAAAGCAUCUUCAGGCUCGCUCGAGUUGCAUGUGCUUCUUGGCGUGAAUGCGAUUUCGAGGGGACGCUUUUUUAGACCGUUUGGCAGAACUUUCGAAAAGUGCAUGUGCAUGCUGGUUUUCUUAGAUGAGGCGGACCCCUGCCAUUGAAAGCACGCUUCACGUGCACGGUAGCUGCAUCAUCACGCUUUUGCAGCUUCUUCUCCAUAUCUAUAAUUAUCAGCACCACCCAUCAGAAAAGUUCAACUCUUUAGAGGAUUCUCGAUGCACAGAUCACCCAAUGUCAAAUCCAGGCAACCCGACAAGCGUUGUCAACUUUUUUACUCAGUCAUAUAACUGUCUUGCAGUCACGCCGCUUCUUCAACGGUCAUGUUCUUUUUCGUAGGCUGGUGAGCUAAUUUACCUUCACCGCGAAAUGGAUGACGGCAGUUUCUACGCCUCCAACAAAUUCGGCCAAAGAUGUGUUGUUCCUCUGAGUGUGUUAAAUAUUCUGACACCCUGCGAGACUGGAAAGCGCAGGUAGACCCUUUCUUCUUUUUCUUAACAGAAGUCGUUUCAUUUAUUUUCAUUUUGUUGACUUUUUUGAAGUUUAUCCUUCCUUUUCUCUCCAACAAUAGACCAAUUUUCUGA